GUGGCAUGUUUAUCAGCUCCUCGACCACAAAGCAAGCUAUACAAAGAUAUUGGAGUGACUUUCGCUACCAAUAAAAAGUGAAGACAACCAUUUGCUGAAGGCUUGCCUGGACACUAACUAUGGACUGUUGGAGUGCCUUGGAGGUGUACAAGGAGAUGCUGUUGCUCUACCUGGACGAAGGCAGGCAGCUUGUGAACACCAACUGUGAGGAGCUGGAACCAUGGCAGAUCAUUGGAGCCACUCUCAUCUCGACCUUAGGAGCAGUCUGGGUCAAAGGCUUCCUGUUUCAGCAAGAAACCCUGACAUCCCGAAUCAAGAAGCAGUGCUUUCGGCUCGUCAGAAAAAUACCCUUUGUUGGCGCGGCAAUCCAGACCCAGCUGAACAAGGCCCUGGAUGACAUGUCUGUCAGUCUUUGCACACUGAAGGAGGGUAUGAGCUACAUCAAACAGCUGCCUGAACAAGGGCUAACCCAAGUUGAAGUUCUAGACAGGAUCAGCGAGUACGAAACACUGAAUGAAGUGGAUUGGGAGAAAGGACGAGUGUCGGGUGCAGUAUACUGGGGAGAUCAGACACUUACCAAACUUUUGGUGAAGGUGUAUGGAGACUUUGCAUGGAGCAACCCACUUCACCCAGACAUCUUUCCUGGUGUGAGGAAGAUGGAGGCAGAGGUUGUGAGAAUGACGUGUACCCUCUUCAACGGUGGGCCCAACACAUGUGGCACAGUCACCUCAGGAGGAACUGAAAGCAUAUUGAUGGCAUGCAAGGCGUACAGAGACAUGGCCUAUGAGCGCGGUGUGAAACAUCCUGAAAUCAUUGCACCAGUCAGUGUCCAUGCAGCCUUUGACAAAGCAGCAAACUACUUUGGAAUGAAGCUUGUUCACAUCCCCCUGGACAAAAAGACAAUGAAAGUGGAUGUUAAGGCUAUGAGGAGAGCCAUCAGCAAGAACACAGCCAUGCUUGUAUGUUCUGCACCCCAGUUCCCCCAUGGAAUCAUUGAUCCUAUUGAGGAAGUAGGAAAGAUGGCUUUAAAGUACAACCUCCCUCUGCAUGUGGAUGCUUGUUUGGGAGGGUUUCUCAUCGUGUUCAUGGCCAAAGCCAAUUACCCACUGGCUCCCUUUGACUUCAGGGUAAAGGGUGUGACCAGCAUAUCUGCAGACACACACAAGUAUGGCUACGCCCCCAAAGGUUCAUCAGUGAUCCUGUAUAGUGACAAGAAGUACAGGCACUACCAGUACUUUGUGGCUCCGGACUGGCAGGGGGGCAUCUAUGCGUCCCCAUCAGUGGCAGGUUCUCGGCCAGGCGGUAUCAUCGCAGCGUGUUGGGCUACCAUGAUGCACAUGGGAGAGGAUGGCUACAUAAAGGCCACCAAGAAGAUAAUUGACACUGCACGCACCAUCAAUACAGAAAUCCGUAAGAUAAACGGUGUGUUUGUGUUUGGAGACCCUGAAGUAUCCGUGGUGGCAAUAGGCUCUGACGUCUUCGACAUUUUUCGUUUAUCCAACGCACUGACGUCAAAGGGUUGGAAUCUCAACACGCUACAGUAUCCAUCCAGCAUCCAUAUCUGUUGUACUGUACUGCACACACAUGAAGGUGUGGCCAAACAGUUAAUCAGUGACGUCAAAGAGCAGGUGGCUCUCAUUUUGAAGAACCCCAAUGAGAAGACCACUGGAAUGGGAGCAAUCUAUGGCAUGGCCCAGUCCAUCCCUGACAGAUCCAUGGUGACAGAGAUCUCCCGAGGCUUCCUGGACUGCCUCUACAGCACAGAGGAGCCCAAGUCGUCUCAGCCUCAGAAGACCCAUAUGAAUGGCAACAGCAACGGCAAGGCCCACUGAGUCAGGAGUAGGCUGGCUGUGGCCUGGACACAUGCCUAGGUCAUGUUCAUUAGGGAACAUAAUGGUAAGCGUUGUAAAACUUUUUGCAACAGCAAAUGAAAAGGAACAUUUACUGGAGAAGUUCAAGUAGUCCCUCCCUGUUUCAGUCAUUUUUUUUCUCCAUUUGGUGCCUAAUGAACACGACCCUGGUUACCAGCCUGCCUCACCUCUUGUCCACCCACUACAUCACUCAACAUAUCCUGCCCACCUUUUAUCUAUCUACUCACCUUUUUUCAGAUAUGUUCUGAAGCACAAGCCAUUGUUUUUAGCUAUCAUGAGGAGAAUUGUUCAAAUAUGUAGAAAGUGAAAGCACAUAUUGUAAAAUACGUAGAAUAGUUGCUCAAACCAUUAAGGGGGGUUUUGGUCUGGUUGUGUUAAUUGUCCCCCACGAUGAAACCGGGGAUGGGACUGUUGAUCUGUCUCUGUCCAUUAGUACGUUCAUACGUUAGUCACACGCGAUAUCUCAGACAGCACUGGCCCGAUUUUGACAACUUGUGUGAAUGAUGAUUCUUGCCAUAGGGAGCCGGCAUUUACAAAAGUACCCUGAUUGGCCAGAUGGUGCCGCUAACACAAGAUUGAAAAUGCAAACUUUAAAAGGUCACGCCCCUCACUCUGUUAUACCUAAAGUCAUUACAUUCGGAACAUAGGUCCCUCUCCUCACAAGGAACAGAUUUACCUCAGGGACCCAUAAGGUCUGCCAUGAUAGAUUUUCCGCCAUUUUGAAUUUUGUGAAAAACACUUAAAAUGCUACUCUUCUGGCACCGAAUGAGCAAUCAGCACGAAACUUAAUAUGUGGCAUCUAUGGACAAAGGUCUCUCAGCGCAAUAUUUUCCAGACUAGUACCUCAAUCAACAUGGCCACUAUUGAGUCUAGCUAACCCACGCAAUAUUUUGACGAAACAUGGGUGAAUUAUGUGUCUUUAAUAAAGGUUUGUGGUCAUACGCACAUCCUUAAAAACGUAGGUGCUGAAGAAUAAUUGUAAAGAACAGGAAAGCCUGCACACUGUUUAUGCUCCCAAUUCACAGCUUAUUGACAACGUUUCGAUCCGAAACAGAUAUUCCUCCAGUCAAACAGACUGAGUGCUCACAUCCCAAAAUAUACACAUUUCACCUCACAUGACCAUUACACACAUCACGCAUGGUGGGUGUGGAAACAAUUCAAUUCACUUUUGCGCAUAGUCAAUCAUAAUUAAUCACAGAGGUACAUAUGGUCAUAAAGGAUUACAUACAUAAAAAUCGGUCAGAGUUAAAACGUAGGCAACAAUAUGACCAUUACGCACAGGUCGGGCAGUGGCCGUAGAUAUAAUCAAAAACAACUUGCGUACCUCUAAUAAUUUGAUGUCAAUGAGAUGGGCACAUGUAGUAGUUACAGAAAAUCAAAUAUAUACAUAUGUACAAAAUUAGCAAGUGGAGACCUGGAUGGCAAGACAAAACAUAUUCAUGUAAGUAAUGGUCAGAUAUCAAACUCUUGGUUCAGACCUUUAGGAGACAUGGUGGACAAAUGGUGAAUCCAAUACAAUUCUCUUCUCAGUAAUAGAUGAUCAAUAUCUCCCCCACUCCUAGUAGCCUUAACAUGUUCGAUACCAAUGUAUCUCAGAGAUCUGAUGUUGUGACGAGCCUCCAUGAAAUGCGCAGCCACAGGGUUUCUCUGAUCAAGAGUCUUGAUAUUACUCCUGUGUUCUGCUAUCCUUGUUUUCAGAGAACGUUUCAUUUUUCCUACAUAGCAUAGAUCACAAAUACACUUUAUCAGGUAUACCACAUUUGUAGAACACGUAAUGAUACCCUUAAUCUUAAUGGCCUUGCCCAUGAUGGGGUGAUUUGAACAUUGUGCAUUUGUUCGUUAAAUUACACUGGAUACAUCGGCCACGUCUUUAAUUACAUUGUCUAGGAAGGUGCUACAUGACACCGAUGGAAGAUCAGACCUCACCACCAUUUGGCUGAUGUUGGGGGUGCGUCUGAAGACUACCCAGUUGUGGGUCAGUGCUCAAGAUGUGUAAGUUUUUUUUUAAAGAUAUGGUCGAACUGUUUGCCAAGUGGGGAUUAUUGAAGGAAGCGUUGGACUCGUUAGUCAGGGGGGCGGGAUGGUUUGGGAGUGAGGCUGUCAUCCUGGGUCAUAUUUCUGUAACGGUGGUCCCGUGCAUCAUGCAGCUAUUCCUCUGGGUAACCAAGCUGUCUGAAGUGCUCAUCCAGACUGUGUGCUUGUUUGUCAUAGUCACUCUGUGUACUACAGAUCCUGCGUAUGCAACUGUAUAGGCUGAUAGGGAGGCUCUUAAGGGUGUAGGGUGGAAGCUAUCUCUGUGUAACAGGGAAUUCCUGUUCCGUCGGUUUCCUAUAUAGGUCUGUGCUAAAGCCACCCCCCCUCCCUCUUUAGCAAAAUGUCUUGCCAUAAAGAUCCAGCAUUUACAAAAUUACACUGAUUGGCCCAAGGGGGGCACUAUAGUAAUCAACUGUAUGUACAGCCUUUCCUAUUUUGUUCUCUAUUGCUCCUCUAAGGGAGAGGCCGAUGACAUCACAUAUUUCCAUCAGACCAACUCCUUUGAAGCCCUACUCCUUGAAUUUUGCUCCCCAAAUAUUUUUUUUUACCCUUUAGUGUGUGUACUUUACUGUAUUUAUACUUGGGAUAUCGCUUUUCAACAGUCAAAGUAAAAAAAUCACCGGAGGACAUCUUUAAUACUCAAUGUUCCAGGUACAACAUAGUGAUUGUCAGUCUCUGUUUGAUUAAUCUACAACAAAUAGUGGUUUUAACUAAAGAGCACUGUAAUGUACUAGUGAAAGAAAUACCCUAUGAACAGGAAGGAGCAAUGUUCUCUGCAUGGAUUUGUAAGGACAACAUACUUGAAUCAUUUUCAAGACUUGAGCCCAUUUUGAAUUUAACAUAUUACCUUCCUAGGCUCUUGUACUAAAUUGCAUAUAUACAUGUAUUCCUAAUUGUGGUCUAUUUGUGGCUAAUUGCAUCUUUCAGUAAUAAUUUAGACAGCAGGAAACCCUGGCUGCUGUAGUACAUUACCUAGUAUACUGUACACCGCCAAUAUGUUAAGAAUCUGAGACUGCAAUCCUCUGAUUUGAUAACAUAUUCAUUACCCACCUCUAUUCUUCGAGACAAUGGUUUAGUCCUUAAUUGAAUGGUUUAGCCCUGAAUUGAUCUCAAGGAACAGAAUACAAAUUAUUUCAGUAUCUUUAUAAGAUGUAAAGUCUCCAUCAACUCAGUUUUAACAGUUUAUGUGUUCUUGUAGCUAAUUAAUUGAUUUGGCUUCUAAUUUUAUCUACCUCAGUUUCUGUUCAAUGCAAUUGUGUUGCUUGUUCACACGGUCAUUAUAGGUCUAAAGAAGAAAAAAAGCCUGUCUCAGUUUUUCAUAUGUAACAUUUCAACUUUUCAGACUAAACUGUUAUGGCAUUUGAUAAACUGCAUUGUUCUUUAAAAGCAAUAAUACUGGCAUAAAACUGUUUGCAAAAAAAUUUAAGAACUGGAUGUGCACUUGGUAGGCCCCCCAAAAAACCUUUAAAUGAUCUUUCCCCUCAAUAUUUUCCAUGUGCUUUCACGUUUGUGUUUGUAGUCAAUCUUAAGUGCAUAUCCACUGUUUUCUUUUCAAGUCUCUAGCUAGGUUUCUAUCCAAUUGGCAACAGAUUUUCAUGCGAAUAUUCUAAAAUUAACUUAUAGAAAAUACUGUGUACUCAUUUUCCCACCGGUGAUGUUUUUCCACCAAACAGACCUGUUGGGGAGAAAAAUCAGUGCGUGAUGACGUAGGGCACACGUUUUCUUUUUCGCUUAAGUUUAUGUACCGAAUAAAAAAUCUAAAGUUCAAUGCGUUUCCAUCGCAUUGAACUUUAACUCUACGGAUAGUUUUGUCACAAACUGUUGCGUUAAAUAGCAAAUGUGCCUACUCUGGUCUUUGCACUUGCGCUCUAGCCAACAGCUUACAGAUAAAGUGCGAGUAGGCUGUGCGUGUAGGCUAGAUAUAAUUAUGCAUAUUAAUAUUUUUUAUUUGGCAAGCAUCGAUCAUCAUGUCAUCAGGAUAUGACCCUCGAUAUUUAAUGAAAGUUGAAUCAAGAUCACCGUGCACUUUCACCACCCUGUGAUGUUCAUCACAAUUUAGUUAAUCUGUAGCCUAAUAAACGCUAUGGUU